AAGGCUUCCAUCCCUCACCUGCCGGGGCUACGGGGCGGCCGGCUCGGCGGCGCAUGGCUCCGUGUCCGGGGGGGCGGCGCGGCGGUGUCACCCUCUAUCGUCAGGCGGCGGGGCUGUGGCGGCGAGCAGGAAGUGACAGACAUGACUAACAAAGAAGAAGCAGAGAUACAAGUUUCAGAAUUAGAUUUACUCUCCAGCAUGUUUCCUUAUGAGGAAGAAUUCAUUGUGACUGACCAGCUGGCGGUAGCAGAACUGAAGCACUAUGUUGAAAAUGAAUCUGCUGAGAUGCCAUCUUCAAAAGUUCAAUUUAUACUGAAUGUAAAGCCAGAGGUCUCUAAUGCCUCUAUGGUGGAAUUUUCUAUGGCCUGUGCUUUACCAUUUAAAUAUCCAACUGUUCUACCAGAAAUUACUGUGAGGUCAUCGUUAUUAAGCCGCUCUCAGCAAAUUCACCUGAACUCUGACCUGAAAACGUAUUUGAUGCAAAACUGCAGUGGUGAGCCCUGCAUGUUGAGUGCAAGGGAAUGGGUUAAAGAGCAUGCAGCUGCUUACAUUGACAAAGAGCUUUCGUCUUCCUCAGUGACAACAUCAAAUGCCUUGCGGUCGGAAGACAUCACGUUCACUCGAUUGUGGAUCUAUAGUCAUCACAUUUACAACAAGCAAAAAAGAAAGAAUAUUAUUGAAUGGGCCAAGGAGCUCUCUCUUUCAGGGUUUUGCAUGCCAGGGAAACCAGGUGUUGUUUGUGUAGAAGGUCUACAAAGCAGUUGUGAAGAGUUCUGGUCAAGAGUAAGAAGAUUAACAUGGAAAAGAAUUCUCAUUCGGCACAGAGAAGAUGUUUCUUUGGAAGGUGGAGGAGAUGCUGAGAUUCAGAAACAAAGGAAAUUCUCCACUUUGGAAGAAAAAUGUUUUGAUGCACAUGGUGCCAGAGGAAAUCAUAUGGAUUUGGGGCAGCUGUAUCAUUUUCUAGAAGAAAAAGGAUGUGCUGACAUUUUUCAAAUGUACUUUGGGGUUGAAGGGCAGUGAAGGGGUUGAAGAUGACCACAAGUCCAAGUGCCUAUAUUUGUGAGUUAAUGCUUGUGACAGAUUCCUUAGCUGUUCUGCAAUAGUUGAUCAAAGAGGGAAUUAAUAAUUCAUGGUUUAUACGAUGAGAAAAACCCAAUUCA